AGCCAUUGUGGAACUAGUAUUCUUUGAAUUAACAUGCAUUACCAUAGCAUCGCUGUUCUUCUAUGCCUAUUGGCUGUAUCGUUUUCAACUCACAUUGGUUAUUAUAACAGCUAUGCACCUGCCGCUACAUUCGAAAAAUGUGUUUACCGUGAUCUUAUUCUCUCUCCAGGAGAGAGUGGACAACCCGAAGGAUGCUGUGAAUGUUUCUACUGUGGCCCAAAUCAAAGAGGUUUUAUCGAAAGAUGCAACGAAAUAAUUGUUAAUCUACCUUGUCAUCUGGGUGAAUACACAAAUCCUGAAGCAACUUUUCCACAGUGCUGCGAGAGAAAUGUCAUCUGUCCCGUAUACUAAAACUCCGUUUGGAUAAACUUAAAAAAUCAUUAAAAAAUAUUUUUAAAGCUUAAACUUAUAACAGCAAAGUGUCCCAUAAACAUUCUAAAUAUAUAAUUUUUAUGUUAUAAAAAAAAGUAAAAAUGAAAUACAAAGCAUAUAAUAAA